AGGCAUUCCAGCUGUCUGAUGUAAUGGGCUCUGAAUCAGGUUUGUAUUAAGCCGCUCUAGAAAAUCAAUGCUCUGAGCUACAGUUACCGUCUGUCAGGAAGGACCUGAAGUCUACAGCAGUAUUUAAGAGUUGUGUCUUUUAUAAGGAACGCUGGCGAUAGUGAAGUGAAUAGAAAAUGUCUGACAAAAAUAACACUGACGAGGAACGCAUAAAAUAGACCCGCGGAUGUGCAUCACGCGCCAGGUUUAUUGUUGGUAAGCCUGUCCUCGCAGGAAGUGAAGUUUGUGAGCUCCGAGAGUGACCCGAGGAUCUCGGCAUGCAUUUACCUAGCCAGGCUAGCUAGUUGGUGAAGAAAACUUUUUGGAUUACCAACACAACUUUAAAGACUCUGCACAUUCGCUUUCGGAUAUAACUAUUUUACAGUGGUUUUGUAUCGACCGUGCAUGGUCUCUAACAACAGGAAUACAUGCAUCAACCUUGGACCCUUGUCUCUUACAAUCUCAGACAGAUGGGCAUCAUUUGAUAAAAAAGAUACAUUGCAAAAAUUCUUCCAAGUAUUAACACCAUCUCAAAGGACUGUAAAAUAUGCCAUUGCCUUUUGGCUUAAAACUAAAAAGAACGCGAAGAUACACCGUCUCCAGCAAGAGCUGCCUUGUCACACGCAUUCAGCUGUUAAAUGGCGAAUUCGUUGAGUAUACACUUUCUGUGGAAGGUACCGGCCAGGAAUGUCUGGAAGCAGUUGCCCAGAGACUCGAAUUACGAGAGAUAACAUACUUUAGUCUCUGGUACUUCAACAAACAAAACCAGCAGAGAUGGAUCGACCUGGAGAAGCCUUUGAAGAAACAGCUAGACAAGUAUGGCUUGGAGCCCACAGUUUACUUUGGGGUGGUGUUCUAUGUGCCGACUGUUUCCCAGCUACAGCAGGAAAUCACACGUUACCAGUAUUAUCUGCAGCUGAAGAAGGAUAUUUUGGAGGGAAGGAUUCCCUGCUCCAUCGAACAGGCUAUCCGGUUGGCUGGACUAGCCGUGCAAGCUGAUUUUGGAGAUUAUAACCGCUAUGAGUCCCAGGAAUUUCUCCAGAAGUUUGUUCUGUUCCCCAUUGGCUGGAUUCAGGAUGAGCGAGUACUGGAGGAGGCCACUCAGAAAGUUGCCAUGCUCUAUCAAAACUAUCGAGGGUUACCAGCCCCGGAAGCAGAGCUGCUGUACAUGCAGGAGGGGGAGAAGAUGGAGGGGUAUGGCCAGGAGACGUAUCAAGCAAAGGACAACCAAGGCACGGACAUAUUCAUUGUGUCGUGUCUCGAUGGGAUCGCUGUCAAACAUAAGAAUGGCAAGCCACCUCUCAUUUUCCGGUGGAAUGACAUCAACAAUAUGACUCACAACAAGUCGUUCUUUGCAUUGGAGCUAGCCAAUAAGGAGGACACAAUUCAGUUCCAGACUGAGGAUAUGGAGACCUCCAAGUAUGUCUGCAGAAUGUGCCUGGCACGACACAAGUUUUACAAAAUUAACAAGAGCAGCCUAGAGGAGGGGGACUCCACGCCUCCCGAGGGCUGGCAGAAGUCCAUUCUCACUCUCUCCUUUCCUCGCUUUCCAAUGCUCUCUCGUCCCUCUCUGCCUUCUAAUAAGGGCCAAACACAGCCUACCACUGUGAAUCCAGUGCGACGGCGAUCUUCCACAAGAAUGUCUCUGCCAAAGCAGCCCUACAUGAUGGCGCCCCCACAAUUGCACUACAAUGGCCAUUUCACUGAGCCUUACACAUCCUCCCAAGACAACCUUUACAUGAACAGCCAGAAUGGCUACUACUAUCACUCCCAGACCAGUCUGGACCGCUCGCCGCACGAGUACAACGGGCGCCUGCGCAACGGCAGCGUGUACAGCGCCCACAGCACCAGCUCGCUCAACAACCCGCAGCACUACCUGCAGCCCUCGCCCAUGUCCUCCAACCCCAGCAUCACGGGCAGCGACGUCAUGCGGCCCGACUACGUGCCCUCGCACCGCCACAGCGCCCUGCUGCCGCCGUCCUACCGCGCCACGCCCGACUACGAGACGGUCAUGCGGCAGAAGGGCCAGCCGGGCGGCGGUGGCGGCCCGCGGCACAUGGGCCACGGCGUGGAGCGCCAGAGCCACUCCAUGCGCAACCUGAACAUCGGCAGCUCGUACGCCUACAGCCGGCCCGACCCGCUGGUGUACAGCCAGCCGGAGAUCCGCGAGCACGUGCCCGGCGGGCAGUACCCGUUCCACCUCAACUACAGCUUCCACAGCCCGUCGCACCCGUACCCGUACCCGGGCGAGCGCCGGCCCGUGGUGGGCGCCGUCAGCGUGCCCGAGCUGACCAACGUGCAGCUGCAGCAGGCGCAGCAGGAGUACCAGGCGCCCAACAUCAUGCGCACGCAGGUGUACCGCCCGCCGCCGCCCUACCCGUACGCGCACCCGCGGCCGGCCAACAGCACGCCGGACCUGUCGCGCCACCUGUACGUGAGCAGCAGCAACCCGGACCUGAUCACGCGGCGCGUGCACCACUCGGUGCAGACCUUCCAGGAGGACAGCCUGCCGGUGGCGCACUCGCUGCAGGAGGUGAGCGAGCCGCUGGUGCUGCCGCCGCGCAUGCACCCGCGCAUGCAGAAGCGCAACUCCAUCGAGAUCGCCGGCCUGGCCUACGGCCUGGAGGGCAUGCGCAUCAAGGAGCGCACCGUGUCCGCCUCGGCCGCCGAGAUCCACAUGCCGCCGUCCGCCGCCGCGCAGCAGCAGGUGCAGGCGGCCGCCUCGGCCUCCGAGCUCAACGCCCUCCUGGAGAGGACCGUCAAGGACGAGGAGGAGGCCGGCAGCAAGGAGGACGUGCGCUACGGCCACAAGAAGUCCCUGUCGGACGCCACCAUGCUGGUGCACAGCAGCAGCGGCGAGGAGGAGGAGUUUGACGACGAGGGCGGCCGGCACACGCCCCGCUCCCAGGACGCCAUGGUGGGCGUAGGAGUGCCGGUGCAGGUGGAGCAGCACCUGGCGGCCCUGGGCGUGGGACAAACGCCGCGGGAACCCCCUCCCGCCUACCCCUUUCCCACCGCCCUCGACCAGAUCCUGUCCGGCCCCAUGAGCUACCAGCCCCACCCUCCCAUUCACGAGGCUGAAGCCGAACCGCUCUACCAGCCCAUGGAUCGCGUCGCCAUAGGGAACCCCACCGCCAUGAUCCCCUCCAUGUCUGACGGAGACCUCAGCGGUCCUGGCAAAGGCAAGGCCAAACGCGACGGCCCCAAAAAGCGCCCCGUCUCGGACGUGCCCGCCGGGAGGAGACUGAUCGAGGGCCUGCCCCCUGUGGGCAUGAAGAGGGGCUCGCGAACAGAUCCAAAGAAGAUGGGCCAGCUGAAACUGGGCACGCUCAAUGGCCUGGCGCACACCCGCUUCGCCACACACGACGAAGCCAAGGACGAGCCGGAGAGGGCGUCUAAUGACGAGAGGUGCAAGCUCCUGGAGCAGCGUCUGGAGCAGGGCAACGUGUUCGCCGAGUACGAGCAGGUGGCCAAGCGCCGGCCGGCCGCCGACUGCACCUUCGCCCUGCUGCCCGAGAACGGCGAGCGCAACCGCUUCCAGGACGUGCUGCCCUACGACGACACGCGCGUGGAGCUGGUGCCCACCAAGGAGAACAACACGGGCUACAUCAACGCCUCGCACAUCAGGGUGACGGUGGGAGGAGAUGAGUGGAGCUACAUUGCCUCCCAAGGCCCCCUGAACAACACGUGCCAGGACUUCUGGCAGAUGGUAUGGGAGGCGGGUGUGGCCAUCAUCGCCAUGGUGACCGCUGAGGAGGAGGGCGGCCGCGAGAAGAGCUUCCGCUACUGGCCGCGGCUGGGCACGCGCCACAACACGGUCACCUACGGCCGCUUCAAGAUCACCACGCGCUUCCGCACCGACUCCGGCUGCUACGCCACCACCGGCCUGAAGAUCAAGCACCUGCUGACGGGCCAGGAGCGCACCGUCUGGCACCUGCAGUACACCGACUGGCCCGACCACGGCUGCCCCGAGGACUUCAAGGGCUUCCUUUCGUACCUGGAGGAGAUCCAGUCUGUGCGACGGCACACCAACAGCACCAGCGAUCCAAAGAACACAAACCUGCCGGUCCUGGUGCACUGCAGCGCGGGGGUUGGCCGCACGGGCGUGGUCAUCCUGUCUGAGAUCAUGAUAGCCUGUCUGGAACAUAACGAGAUGCUGGACGUCCCGACGGUUCUGAACAUGCUCCGCCACCAGCGCAUGAUGAUGGUGCAGACCGCCGCGCAGUACACGUUCAUCUACAAGGUGCUCAUCCAGUUCCUCCGAAACUCCAGACUCAUUUGAAGCACCGCGGUCACCUGGGGGACGUUGCGUCUCGGGACCGUUCCUCGUCCGAAGGACCCAGCCCUCCGAGACACCAUCCUCCAGCCUGACGAGACACCUUCCUCCAGCCUGACGAGACACCUCCCAGUGCUUGCUCCAGUUCGGCUGCAGAAGUGCAGCCUGGAGCUCCAUGCUAGCAUUGGACUGUGGAGAAUGGGGGAGCCCUGUCUAAGCCUCUUCCGCAGCUGGCUCUCCCUGUCAGUAUUAAAGGAAAAGGUGGGACUUGGAUGUGAAGUGGGUAGAUACAGAGUGUUGAUUUUAUUUUAUUUUAUUUUAUUUUAUUUUAAAUAUCAGUAUUAAGAGAUUUCACUAUGGGCGUUUUACACUAUACCAUUACAGCUGCAAAACCCCCAAGCACUUUUACACUUUUGCUGUAAAUAUCAAACAAUGCUGAAGCUGCAGUUCUUAAAAAGAUAUCUAUAUUUGGAUAAAUAUAUUAACACUAUUGACUGCAGGACUUUUUUAAAAUGUUGUUGCUCUCGAUCAUGGCUGAUGCUUGAUAUUGGAGGAGAUUGAAGAACUGUUUUUUUCCUUUGCCUUUUUUUUUUUUUGCCUUUGUUAUAAUGGUUCAAAUGAAGGAUACGAGUGUAUAUAUUUCAGAUGACGAUGCAAGAGGAAGUUGAGAUUUAUCUUAAGGUAUAUGUGUGUGUUUGGGUGUGUGUGUGUGUGUGUGUGUGUGCCUGUGAAUGUGUGUGCGUGCAUGUGUAUGUACAUGCAUUUGUCUGCUUGAAACAGAGAGGACUGGCCCUCGAGACUCAUGUAACAGGGCUUGCUGUGCAGGUUGUAUGUGUUCUUUGUAAACUAGAACAGAGCUUCCAAUUACCAUUUGGACCUCCAAAACAAAGUAUUGCAGUCAUUUAAAAUUUUUAAUAUAUAUCUAUAUUUUUUACAAAUGCUAAUUUGUAAAGCUGUGAGAUCAUUUUAGGAGUGCUCUUGGACUCACAACCAAAGAGUGCAUUUUGGAAAGUUUGGAUGUGAGACACAUUACACAUGUUCUGAUUUCAUAACCGAAGGCCCUAGUGACUAGUCACAUCAAUUGGAGUCCAAGUCCACCAAAGACUCUUGACUGCAGCAAAUGUGUUCAGGCUAAAGGAGACACGCUGCAGAGCUGUAUGAGAGAAGGACUUCAGGCGUUUAGUAGGAGGUUUUGCAGUUGUUGAAAUGGUAUGGAGCUGCGUGGCACGGUGUGCUGCACACACUACUGCAUGGCCUGAUUCCAAAUUCAGAAGUGAAGCGCAGGGUGAGGCUAACAAUAGGGGCCCUUUUGCACUCAUAUCCACUCGUGCCACAACAUGAUGAAGGCUAAUGUUUCAAAAAAGCACUAAUCUUUUCCGGCCUUCAUUUACCAUCACCUUCAAUGUUCUCUUAGCUGAACUCUAGUCACACCCCAAAGACCGCUGUAGGACACUGAGCAUCACAAUGAAUCCGUAUCACUAAAACUCAGACUACAGGUUGCAUAGAGAAACCUGAUUGUCAAAGCACAAGCGUACACUACACUGAGAUAAAACUGGUGUAAUCUUAUAUAAUUUACAUGCAGUCUGUCUUGAAAAGUGCCUGUUUAUUUUUUUUAUUCAUAUUUUUUUUUAGCAAAUUUAAUUGAUUCUCGUACAGACAAUAGAUUGUGAAUGACAAUCGUUUGAAAUCAAGAUAUCAAGAUGCCAUGUUUUGUGCUUGUAUUUCCUCAAUCGAAUCAUUCUGACGUAUGUAUAAAGCAAACACUCAUUGGAUUUUCAGGGACCUCUUUUAGACUCUAGCACAGGGUCAAAUUGUAAGGUUUUAAGAGACUGCUACGAAAUCUAUAGCUACGCAGAUUUCAAUUCAACUGCUGCUGUUUUGACAGGAGUUGAGAAGGCGUGUGCCUUGGAUUUGAGAUUUGUGGAUUAUGAUUGGCUAACCCAGCCGGCGUGCAAUAGUUCCCUUGCUUUGGUGUACUGUAUCGCUGGCAUGAUACAUUUUGGCCUCCACUGUUGCAAAGACAGGCCCAUCUUGUUGAGCCCAGCCUCCAACUAAUGGGGUAGUCUAACUCGGCGCAACUAGUAAAUUCAACAGAUACAUUUGCAUUUGGCCAUCUUCAUCUGUCUGAACUACUCAUACGAUUUCCACAAAUGUUUCUUCAAAAAAUGUAGAACAUUGUGAAAGAAGAGAAACCCUCAUCAGUUGCUACACAGUUGAAUGUGUAAUCAAGGUGUAGCCCACCGGUGUGUUCACUCCAGUUAAAUACAGUACGCCUAAUCCUACCUAGCCAGCUAUUUUGUUUUGUUAUUUUUAUUGUUAUUAAUAUUAUUAUUAUUAUUAUUUGAAGGAGUAAAUUGAUGUUUCUGUUUGUCAUUUAUCAUGAGUGAAACUGGAAAAAAGGACUAGCUGAGGGCUAAGAAUAACUGGAUCCUGAUAGUCCAUGAGGACCAUCCUACAUUUUACAUUACUUUGAAUGCGUUGGUCAGGUUGUUGAAUCAAGUCUUACUGAAUAUCAGCCUUUUUAAUUUGCUUACUGAUGGCAAGACUGCAGAGUUUUGGCUAAGGUCAGGGGAGUAUUUCCCCAAAGAGGAUCAGAGUUCUUUCGAUAACGGCAGAAUGGAUCCCCAAUGCAACCUUUGUAUUUGGUCAGUGUUUCGGAUCUCUAUGCUCCACUUGGCACCGUUAUUGAAAUCCAACUAGAUCCUCCGUUGUGAAAUACCCUUGUGAUGUAUUUGAUUUAAGAUUCUGUUACAAUAUAAAGUCAUCCUCAGCUUUAAACAUCACACUAGUGAUGUGAAACAAUGUACAAACUAUCAAAUGAACAAAGUGGUAUUCUACUGUAAACAAAUUUAUUUAGAAGAAACUUUUUUGCUAAAAAUAAAUAUUUGCAGAUAUGGACUGUGGAGUUUCAUUGGUGUCCUUAAGUUGUUUUUUUUAACUCUUGUCUGCCAUCUACUGGAUAAUUAUGAGACUUCUUCAGCUCU